AGGGACGCGACUGGCCGCUGGGUUUCCAGGAAGUGACGUCAGGCGGCCGCGGAGAUGGACGACUUGCUGGACCUCGGCGAGGAGCGGCGCCGCAGCUCGGCCACCUCCGGGGCCAAGAUGGGCCGCCGAGCUCAACAGGAGUCAGCUCAAGCCGAGAAUCAUCUCAGUGGCAAGAAUUCCGCUUCAACUCUGACUGCAGAGGCUCCCCCUCCCAAACCACCCCGCCGGCAAGGAGGCUGGGCAGAUGAUUCCAUGAAGGCGUCGAAGUCAGGAAGGAGGGCUUCUGAAGAAAUAGAAGAUCACCGCCUCAGACAGCACAGCCUGGAUGGAUCAGAUGACGGAGGAGGUUGUUGUGUGUAUCAUCAGCCUGUUUCAUUUAUUGACAUUCCUGUUAUUCCGGAUCUGGAAGAAGUGCAGGAAGAAGACUUUGUUUUGCAGGUGGCAGCGCCUCCCAGCAUUCAGGUGAACCGCGUGAUGACCUACCGUGACCUGGACAAUGACCUCAUGAAGUAUGCAGCCUUUCAGACCUUGGAUGGAGAGAUCGACCUGAAGCUCCUUACCAAAGUCCUCGCACCGGAGCAUGAAGUUCGAGAGGACGACAUCAGCUGGGACUGGGACCGUCUGUACACUGAAGUGUCCUCAGAGCUCCUCACUGAGUGGGACCUGCUGCAGACGGAGAAGGAGGACCCCGCGGGACAGCCCACAAAUACCUGAGCCCUGGGGGGGGCGACAGACCACCCUCCCUGCACAGAAUAGUCUCUGCUUUGGACUUGAACAAAUGCAACAAGCCUAAAACUAAAGAAGUUUGCAAGCAGCUUAGAAUUUUUGUAUGGAAUAUUUUGUAAUAAAAAUAGUUCUUUUCAGAGGACCACCUUGGAUCAUUCAGUUGUAAUAAAUUGCUUUUUUCUGUG